GAGUGCCAGGCUUUGUAGGGUUGUAGGGCACAGCUGAGACGUCAUCAUGUCAGAAGAUCUAGAAGACACCAAAGAUCUGAUGCCCACUGAGAGAAAGUCCAUCUGGAGGACAGCUGAGGAGAGGCGAAUGUCUGAUCUCACCCGAGUGCUGGAAUGGCUAGAGCGGAGGCAGGGCAAGAAGAAGCGUGACCUCCAGAAAAAGGCUGAGGAAGUGAAACGUGCAGAAGAGAAGGCAGGAAAAAGCCCAGGCAACAAGAAGAAAGUAAACAAAGACGGCCGCAGAGUGACCUUCAACAAGAACCAUGAUGUGCAUGUCGUCAAGAAGCAGGAGUCCAGUGGUCCCCACAAGGGAGCAGACACAAAGGCCAAGCAUGUGAACUUGCUUUCCACCACCUUCAACAGGGAUGUUCUGAAGAAGUCUGAUUUAGACAUCAAGGACGUGAUAGCCCUAGAAAACAGUCGUGUGAGCUCCUUCCGCAGACAGAGCUCCGUAGCAGAUCCCGUUCUUCAGGACACUGUGUUUGGCACCCGGAGGGCAGGCCUCCUGAGAGAAUGGGCCAGCAAGGGUCCUGAGAAGCUGAAGAGCCUCAUGGAGAAGGGCACAGAGCCCAAGAUAGAGAACGUCAAGAUGCUAAAGCCAGAAGAGGUGCUGAGCUGCAGGUACCUGCGUUUGUCCAAGAACAACAUCAAGACCUUGAUCAAGCUGUGCAAGGACGCGGGGCUGGACGUGGAUGUCCACCCACACAUGGUGGAGGCCGAGAUAGAUGCAAAGAAGAUAUUUGAGCACCGGUCCAGCGUAGCGCUCUAG